AUGCACGAGUCAGGAACAAUCAUGCCCGCCAAGAAGCGCUGUCAGUUCCGCGUCAUCUACAACAUCCCCGUCACGCCGCCAGCGGACGGCUCUGCGGACUCUGAGGCCAAGCCCACCAUGACGGCCAACCCAACACAGUGCCCAUCGGCUGCGCUCAAGAUUGCCGGUGACUGCCAACACUGCAGCAAGGUCUUCUGCAGCGCACACCGCACCCCCGAGUCCCAUAGCUGCACGGGCAUGCAGGCCUGCCGUGACGCCGCGUUCCAGGCCAACAAGGAGCGCCUCGAGCGCGAACGGACUGUCGCACAGAAGAUUGCCCAGGCGUAA